CUGUCUUCCAUCAUCCAACGUCUUCCUGACCCUCUUCAGACCUACAUUGACUCUUCCAUCUUACAACUCUCCAAAGCUUACGCCCAGCUUCCUCCCUCUACCCGGGCCUACAUCUCAGACGCCGCCAAAUACACCCACCUGGACAACGUCUCACCGACAGCUCUUGCUGGUAGCGUUGUUCUUCUUCUUGUGACGGCUAUCUUUUCAAUGAGCGGUUGGGGACGAUCUAUCUUUGGUGGAAGUAGCCAUCGCCUCUCUCCAUUUGGAUCCAGAAACUACCCACCAAAUGUCACCGAUGCCGAUUUCUCAUACAUAACCUCAGAUGAUCUCCAGAGGCCAGGAGCAUCAUACGACCCUCAUCGACCUCCACCUCCUUCUAUGCAAGCGGAAGAUGAUGUUCUAUUGAUCAAGAAUAAGGGCGUUACCUAUCCAGUCAAGUUCCCGGCAUACAGUAUUGGAGAUGGAAAGCUGCAGGUUCGGGAUGUCAAGGAGCGGGCGGCAGCAGUCAUGGACCUUCCGAGUGGUACCAGGCUAAAGCUGCUGUAUAAGGGUCAGCAACUCAAGGACGAUUACAGGCCAUGCCGGGAUUACAACUUGAAGAACCAAAGCGAAAUCCUUUGCAUGGUUGGGGAAGCAGAAGCAAGCGGAUCGGACGAUGAGAGCGAGCAAGAAGGGGGUUUGUUCAGGCGAAAGAAAAGUCGCAAGAGCAAGAAGAAGGGAAAGAAGAAGUCCGACUCGAAUUUAAGGCCUGGAGAUGGACCCAGCAACGCCAAUUCAAGAACUGUUUCACCAGCACCGGCACCAACCCCUCAGACUCCAGUGGGCAAGCUCAAUGCCAUCGCCUCACACUUUCACACGAAGAUCCUUCCUCUGUGUGUGCAAUUUACGGUUUCUCCACCCGAAGACCCGAAGAAGCGAGACUUCGAACACAAGAAGCUAUCCGAAACCAUCAUGAACGAGGUUCUCCUCAAGCUGGAUGCCGUCGAGACCGAAGGAGACAACGAGGCGCGAGAGAAGAGAAAAGCAUUGGUUAAAGAGACGCAGACGGUUUUAAGUCGUUUGGAUGACAAGAUUGCAGAGUAUAAAUGA